GCUGGGUGGUAAGCCAUUUCAAACGUUCCUGUGCCUCUUGAUACUGUUGCUGCGCCUAAGACCGACGUCAGUAUGCGCGGGAGUUUCACAGUGAGCUUGGCAGAACUUACCUGAGCAUGAAGGCUGACCAGCGUAGCAUAGCGAGCAUGGAGAUUACUGAGUUUGACAUCCCAUUGCCGUGCCCGCUCAUUGUCAAUUCGGUCCAAUUCCUUGCCAUCCUCGCUAUCGGCCUCUUGGUGAGUCUUCCUCUCGUCCUCAAGUUUCUUGACACGCCCGCCCUUAUCCUGAAUCUCAUCAUCAAUGGUUUUCAUCUCCGACUGCUCCUUGCUAAUCUUCUCCCGGAUCUCAUCGGCACGCUGUUUGCCUUCUUCUUCCAUUCGAACCUUUUCCUCUCUCGACUCGGCGGCUUCGCGAACCAUGUUUUCAACCUGCUCCUGCCACCGAACGAUGUCGGCCUUGCGUUUCUUCCGCUCGGACUCUUUCUGCUGCAGAAGCCUUUCACGUUUUGACUUUUCGCUCUGCACGGUACGAUUGACACUCUCCAGCCUGUAGACAUGUUUCUUCAGAUCGCCGCUGGCUUCAUCCUUUUCCCUCACUCGCUUCUUCAAUUCAUCACGCU